AUGCAUUCUGAACUUCAAUUAGGGCACAUACCCUUCGAAAUAUUUUGGGAAAUACUCUCGCAUUUACCAGUUAAGUCUCUUUUGAAGUUUAAGGCCGUUUGCAAGUCAUGGUAUGCUUUAAUAUGUGAUAAGAAGUUUGUUCUUUCAAAUUACGAGGGAAGGAAGCGAGGAGGAGCCUUAAUUUUCAAGAGGGAGGCACGCGAUUCCUGUUCUAUAGAGGUAAACUAUUCUAUAAAUCAUGAACUUGUAAUUGAGAAAAUUGUUCCAUGUCCAUUAGGUCUCGGUCUAGUUAAAAUUCUGGGAUCAAGUAAUGGCUUGGUUCUUUUCUGUGAUAACAAGUUCAUGUAUGCAUGGAACCCCUCAACUAGGACCUGUAAAGAAGUAAGCAGUCUCCGUGGUUUAGAACUCGAAUCCAUCUGGAGCAUAAAGGCCUCUGGAUUUUGCUAUGAUAAUUCUUCCGAUGAUUACAACGUAGUACUAGUCAAGGAAGAAGAGAUUAUGUCUUUGAGUCUCAAAAGCAGAAAGAACUGGACAACAGUUGCAACCUGCGCUUAUGAAAUUCUUUCCAGCACUAGUGCUAUAGCCCCCAUAGUGAAUGGAAACCCGCACUGGCUAGCAAACCAUAAGAAAAGUGAUCGAAAUAUUCAUGGAGAGUUGAUUGUUUAUUUCGACACCAAAACCAAUGAUUUGAUAGAGUUGCCUGUACCCGAGCUGAGAAAUACAGAAGAAAAGUGGAUAUCAGGUUUGGGUGUUGUUGAUGGAUGCUUAUGCAUGAUUCGUCCAAACAAUGAUCAAGGAGAGGUGUUGGUGAUGAAGGAAUACGGAGUGGGAGAAUCUUGGACGACUAUCUUUGGAUUCCCACCUCGUUUGCAAUUGACAAAGGGAUUGGAGCCAAUCUUUUUUACCAAGAAUGGAGAUGUCUUGUUUGCUCAUGGUUCUAAACAUGCAUGGGCGUUUAAUCCCAAGAAGGAGUCAGUCUUGCAUCUUGUUCAAUUGCCAAAGAAGCCCACAAACUUCUCAAUGCAGUACUAUGAUGUGUUUGGAUGUACGUAUGUUGAAAGCUUAGCACCUAUUCCUAAUUAG